AUGAGUGAGCAUGUAAGAACAAGAUCCCAAUCCUCAGAAAGAGGAAAUGUCCGAGAGUCUUCCCAGUCGGUUGAAUCUGUGAUUGUCCAGCAGCCCGCUGAGGAAAAACGUCAAGAAGAGGAACCACCAAAUGAAAAUCAGGGUAUUGCACCUAGUGGGGAGAUUGAAAAUGAAGGAACACCUGCUGUUCAAGGUGAAGGGAGAUUCAAUACGGAAUUGGCUCUGCUUAAGAUAGAGGGAGCUCGAGAUGGUCCUGAUGUCAGGGAGGGGACUCUGCCCACUUUUAUCCCCACUAAAGUGCUGGAAGCAGGUGAUGCGCAACUACAGGGUUUACACCAAGACAAUGAAGACUGA